AUGGAGCAGCCCAUGCCGUCAGGGGUGGAGCGGUUCCGUGAGCGGAAUGCGAAGCUUCGGGAGGAGAACGCGGAGCUGAGGGUGCGGCUGAGCCAGGAGCGGCCGCACAGCGCCACCGAUGGCAUAGGCAAGGGGUCCAGGGAGCUGGAGGUUGACCUCUGCCGUGAGCUCAUUCAGGAGAAGGACGGAAAGGCGACAAUAUUAGAGCUUCACGACGAACUUACCCGGGUUAAGCGCCAGUGUGCCGUUUACGCCGACGCCCUUGAGGAGACCCGCGGCAAUUUUGUGGAGAUGAAGCGAUUGUAUGAUGAACUCAAUCAUCUCCUCGAUCAGUGCAACCAGGCGGAGCCCCCAUGA